AUGUCUCCAGCCAACGCUCACUCCCUCCUCCCCUAUGUGACAUACUCUGCUCCACCAAUUGUCGCCGCCGCUUCUCCGCCUCGUCGAACCCAAAACUCCACCAUUCCUUCACCAGAUGAGGGAGGCUUUGCAAUUUCGAGUGCGAUGCCGCCUUAUCCUUAUUCUUGCACUGCAACAAGGACUCGAGAAACCACUAGCAUGGACUUGACAAAGGGUGUUCUUUUCCCUGUUCUGAAAUCGAACACCACUAGGCACUAG